UAUGCCAACCACGUGGAAGAUUUUUGCUGGCCCUGUAACGUUUGCUAAAAGUGAACAGAAAACAUUUUAACCUGUGUUCGUUCGAUACUUAAAAAAAAAAAACCUCAUUGCUGUUUUCAUUUCCCCCCCCCCCCCAAAAAAAAAAAAGGAAAGAAAGGAAAAAGGGAGCUGAAGGUCAUCAAGCCUCAGCUCAGGCCAGGAAGGGCAUCCCGGUGGGCGGAGGGAGGCGGUGGCCCAGCCCGGUAGGGCAUCCGGCAGGCUCAGCUCCGAGGCCCUUUGUAGGGAGCAGCCGGGCUGCCUGGGGCUUCCAUAUGCUCCUGGUUUGUGCUCGGGAUGGUGGGCACCACUCCCGCGGGUCGUCCCCAGCAGGCCUCGCCACCAGCCACCACCCACAAGCCCGGUCCCCCACUGGCAGGCAGGGGCAGCCUCCCCUGGCGGUCCCCGCUCCCCGCAGCUGGCCGCCCCCGCCCUCGGCCAGCCCAGUUUCCUGCCCCUCCCUCUCCCUCUCUCCUCCCUCCAGCUGUUUCUCUGGCAGAGCUCUGUCCCAUUCAGGACAGCAGCCCCAGCGAGAGAGAGCGCGCCAGGAGCUCGGGACUGAAUGAGGUCUCCCGGAGGGCCUCCUGAGGGAUGAGGGGGUUCCAGAGGAGGCUGUGACCUGGGGGGGGGGAGGGUUCCAGGAGAUCUUGAACGAACGGACGGACGGCUUUCUGGGCUGACAGCCACAGCCAGAGAACGAGGUGAUUGAGAAAAAGAAGUCCGGCAACACGGGUCCCCUGCCCAGCGUUCAGUGCCCCGAAGUCCAGGGGGGACCCUUGGGAGGACCUGGCCGGAAACCAGCCACAAGGUGAGGACACCGAGGCUCAGAGAGGGCAAGCCACUGGCUCAGGGCUGCAGAGACGGUGUUCCUAGCUGUGCCCUGGGACCGAUUGGCCAAGGACCCCACUGGAGAGCUUUGGACACCCUAACAGUGAACGAGAAUGGGGGACAAGGAUUACAACACCUCCUUCUCCUACGACGAGGAGUACUCGGAUGAUUUUGAACCCAUCAUGGUUUUGGAGGAGUCUUCUCCCCUGGAAGGCAAGGUGACCAGGAUCUUCCUGGUGGCGGUCUACAGCAUUGUCUGCUUCCUCGGGAUCCUGGGCAACGGGCUGGUGAUCGUCAUCGCCACCUUCAAGAUGAAGAAGACGGUGAACACCGUCUGGUUCCUCAACCUGGCCGUGGCGGACUUCCUGUUCAACGUCUUCCUCCCGAUCCACAUUGCCUACACCGCCAUGGACUACCACUGGGUCUUCGGCACGGCCAUGUGCAAGAUCAGCAACUUCCUGCUCAUCCACAACAUGUACACCAGCGUCUUCCUGCUGACCGUCAUCAGCUUCGACCGCUGCAUCUCCGUGCUCCUUCCCGUCUGGUCCCAGAACCACCGCGGCGUGAGGCUGGCCUGCGUGGCCUGCGUGGUUAUCUGGGUCCUGGCUUUCUUCCUGAGCUCUCCGUCCCUCGUCUUCCGGGACACGGCCCACGUGCACGGGAAAACGUCCUGCUUUAACAACUUCAGCCUGUCCGCGGCCGGCUCCGCCCCGUGGCUCCCUCGCUCCGGGCUGGACCCCACGGGCCUCAGCCGCCACGUGGUGGUGACGGUCACCCGCUUCCUCUGUGGCUUCCUGGUCCCCGUGCUCAUCAUCACGGCCUGCUACUUCACCAUCGUCUGCAAGCUUCGACGCAACCGCCUGGCCAGGACCAAGAAACCCUUCAAGAUCAUCGUGACCAUCAUCACCACCUUCUUCCUCUGCUGGUGUCCCUACCACACCCUCUACCUGCUGGAGCUCCGCCACGCCACCGUGCCGGGCUCCGUCUUCAGCCUGGGUUUGCCCCUGGCCACCGCCAUUGCCAUUGCCAACAGCUGCAUGAACCCCAUCCUGUACGUCUUCGUGGGCCAGGACUUCAAGAAGUUCAAGGUGGCCCUCUUCUCCCGCCUGGUUAACGCGCUGAGCGAGGACACAGGCCACUCCUCCUACCCCAGCCACAGGAGCUUUACCAAGAUGUCAUCCAUCAACGAGAAGGAGACCAGCAUGCUUUGAGCCUCAUCCGCGAACCCCCAGUGGACAGGCACUCCGGCCUCGGAGGCCCAGAGCUGUGCCUUCCAAAGACCACCGCAGAAACCCCCUUCAGCACCCGCCAACGCCUGCUAGAGUUUACCUGGGGCUGGCCAGUGCUUUGAGCUGGGAGUCCAGGGCUUGGAACUCCGUCCUUCGAGGGGCGUGGCUGACCGGGCAGGCCGUGGACCGGCAUCCCAUGCUUCUUGGGAGACCUGCCUUGGCUGACCCAAAGCGAAAAAGGGAGCAUUCUUAAAAGCGCUGCCAUGAACCGGGAUCAGCAUAAGACAGAGGGAUUAAGCUACCUAUUCCGCGCUCCCCUGGAAUCACAAACACGCCACGGGGCGUGUUCCUGGCCUGAGCAGCAGAGGUCAGGGCCAACCCAGUGUGAUGCAAACCGCCGCCUCGCCCCACAUGCCUGUAUCACUGGCCAACCAGAAAUCCUGCCGCCCGCCCGCAUCAUUUCUCCGGGUGAGGGCAAGUGGAGAUGCACAGGUUACCUGGGAGAGGAAGGUGACACAGGCACUCGCGAACUGCCAGGACCACGCACUUGGCUUUCAGAUCAGGUGGGAAGACAGAGAACAGGUCCUGAGGAGCCCUGUGGGCUCUGUGAGGGCAGGACAUGUGGGGCCUGGGGGAAGGGGUGGAGAGAGAGGAGCAAAGGGCUUUCAGAGGAUGCGGCCUGAAGGCACCCGGCCUGGAACCUCCCAGGUGGAGGCCGCUUGGGCCGCAGCUACUUUGGGGGUGGGGGUGGGGGUGGUGUCGGCCCCUCACCCCCGGCCCUGCUCUCACCUUGCACUUGUUGCCUGGGGGCCGGGCCAUGGCAACGGCUUCACUCUCAGCUUCUUCCCCAUCGUGGGGGUUUUCCCUUCCUUUCCCUAUCCACCGCCUCUGGCUGCAGGUGCUCGGAUUAAAACACGCGAGGGCAGGGGCCCGGGAAGGAGGGCACCUUCCCCUGCUCCUCAGCUUUCUCAAAGCCUUGCCAGAAUCGGCUUCAGGAAACAAGCUGAGGGCGCCUGGCAGGUUGAAGGGCAUGUCCGAGGGCUCGGUCACCGAUCGCAGAGCCCGGAGCCUGGCCCCUUGAACCGUGCUCUGGAGAUGCGGGCUGUGGGGACGGCAGGCGCGGAGCCCCUCCUGGCGCGGCCAUGCUGUCUUUUCCCACCUGGGACUGACGCCUCCCUGUGCCACGGUGUCCUUGUCCCAUUUACAGAUGGCAAAGCUGAGGCUCAGGGAGGGUGGGGAGUAACUCGCCCACUGACACACAGCCGGCAAGAGGCAGAGUUAAGAUGUGAACCCAGCUCUGUCUGGCUCCGGAAGCUCUGUCUUGUUGUUGUUUGUUUUCAAUUGCUAAUGUAUCUAUUGAGAAUAUUCUAGACUAUAAUGGUAGCCUACAUUUAUUUAGUGCUCCCUAUGCUAAACUUAUUCCUCCCAGCAGCCUUGACUUCCAAUUAUUACUUCCCUUUUACAUAUGAGGUAUCUGAAGCUCAGAGAGGUUAAGUAACUUCCCUGAGGGCGUCCAGCUGGUCCCUGCCAGAGCCAGCAUUGGAAACUAGGUCUAUCUGACUCAAAUAAGGCCGCAGGAUCAGGGUUUUGAGAGAGGCUUGGGGUUUUGACCACAAAUAUUGAUUCGUCAACAGAUUAAUAUAAACAUUUCCUCGGCCUAUACAUCAGCUUUGCAAAUAGUUUUUGAAAAUGACCCAACAUGGCAGAGAAAAUACUCUUGGCCUCCAGUUCCCUCGACAUCCAUCCACACGCGCCCGCCGUGGUUCCCAGCUCCUGCGCCCCCUGAGGCCUCCGGGAAGGCAGUGGGGAGAGAGAGGAUGGUCAGGAGGUAGUCGUCGGUGAGCCGGGGACCCUUGGCCUCCCAGUGUCCACACUCUCUCCCAAACGCCAUCAUCGUGAAACCAAUCCUCCGACAAGAUGCAAUGAACAGAUGUAAUGUCUACACGGCGUUGGGCAAGUUCCCGAGGCCCCGGGCUGUUUGGAAAUCACACC